UUUCAGUUGAUAGAUUGGCAUUAGUUGUCAAGACAUAUCAUAGUGGUGUGACAUAAUGGUUCAGGAAAGUACGAUGAUUUGUGUUGAUAAUUCGGAGUGGAUGCGAAACGGUGAUUUUGCACCAACCCGUUUGCAGUGUCAACAAGAUGCUGUAAAUUUAGUGUUGCAAUGUAAGCUUCGUGCAAAUCCAGAAAACGCUGUUGGAUUGAUUGCUAUGGCUGAUACCGUGGAAGUGCUGACAACAUUGACGCAAGAAAACGGAAAACUGUUUAUGAAACUUCAUCAAGUGGAACCAAAAGGUGCUUCAAAUUUUAUCAAUGCAAUUAAAGUGGCACACUUGGCGUUAAAGCAUCGUCAAAAUAGAAACCACAAAAUGCGAAUUGUCGUCUUUAUUGGUAGCCCAAUUGAUCAUUUGAAUUCUGCUGAGCUUACAAAGCUUGCGAAAAAGUUGAAGAAAGAGAAAGUCCAAGUAGAUGUUAUAUGCUUUGGUGAAGCAGAUUCAACUGAUAGUGAAAUUAUGGGGCAGUUUAUCGAAACGCUGAAUGGAAAAGAAGGAAGUGGUUCGAAUUUGGUAGUUGUGCCGGCAAGUUCAUCACUUGCGGAAGCACUGGUAUCUUCACCAAUAUGCCGUGGUGAAGAUGGUACUGCUGCGCCAGUAGUAGCUGCAGGCGGAGGCGGAUUCGAAUUUGGAAUUGAUCCUGAAGAUGAUCCGGAUUUAGCACUGGCACUUCGCGUUUCAUUGGAAGAACAACGUCAACGACAAAGAGGUGGUGGGACAGAUGAUACUGAAUCGCAGCCAGCAAAUACUACUGGAAAUGAUAUUAUGACGAUGGAUCCUGGAGCAAUGACAGAAGAACAGCAAUUGGAAUGGGCGUUACGUAUGUCGAUGCAGGAAGGUACGGGUAUUGCUAGUUCCGCUACAUUACAAACGCCUUCGCCAAAUGCGGCCACAUCUGGUCAGUUAGCAACAACUGAAAUGUCUGCCAUGGAAACUGCUACUACUCCGAAAGUCGACCAGAGCGGUACUACUGAAGAGAUGGAGGUUGACGAUUCAGCUACUACACGGGACGCUACGAUGACCGAGGAUGAUCAACUUGGUCAACUGAUGAGUGAUCCUGAAUUACUUCGUCAACUUCUGGCGGACCUACCUGGCGUAGACCCAAAUUCGCAGGAAGUUCGUGAUGCGGUCAAUAGUGCUGCUGCGGCCAGAGAAAAGAAAGAAGAUAAAAAUGAUGAUAAGACGACAAAAUAAACGAAUGGUGUGUUAGGAAGUGAAAACAACUGAAUUGUAGUAUCACCAUGCAUUGGGAAUGAAUUUUUUAAAAUUUUCUAUGUUUUGUAAUGAUUUUUACGUCCGCAUAUUUAAAGUAACUGG